UGCAGACGAUGGAGAGGAAGACCAGAGGGUACAGAGAGACGGCAAUGAAGUUGGAGCACUUUGCGGUGGACAUGUUGAUGGAGGGGCGACGGCUUGUCAAGUGUCCUCGCACCUCGCAGCCUCACGCUUUUUUUCCGCUUUGUUCCUCUUUUGGAGAGGAGAAGCUGGUGAUGACACUUCGAUAAGUGUUGAUACAGGAAAAGGAAACACAUAAGAAUAUUAAACUCCAGAGAGGCUGCUGAGCAGAUGCGCAUUCACAAGGUUCUUCUGCAACUUUGUUCUCAGAGAUCAGAACAUACUGUUGCAAGAGAAACAAAGCACAAGCAUGACAUCGCAUAUAAAGAUAAAGAAGAACAAAGACCUUGUUUUGGAAGACAGUUAUUAGCCAGCAAAAAAACAUUAUUUUGUCAUAUUGGCCCUUUGAUGUUUGUGAUGCAACAUUUAUAAUAUAUAGUGUCAUCUCUAGAAUCAGAAUCAAAUGUAUUGCCAUGGUCAGUGAGGAGCCCACCAACUAGAAAAGUGUUUUAGAAUAAAGUGCUGACAAAAAUAAAUAAAUAAAUGAAAUAAAAAUACAAUAACUAAAUAAAAACAACAAAGGCUGUUCACGAAUUAAUCUCUAUGAAAUCUCCAUUUGAAAAUCUGCUAACAGGAAGUUUACAGUUGUGUUAUUUUCACACAGGAGUUGCAUUUUUAUCCCCCUCGAUUUAAUAAUUAAAAAGGCGCUGCUUAAUUGAACUCAAAUGUUUUCUAUUGUGACGGUAAACGCGCACUUUAGAUGCGCCACGCCUCUAAAGAGUUUAGGCGCUCUUUUCUGAAGCAUAACCUGCCCGUUAAGUUGGUAUUUUGUGCGUGUGUUGACAUCAAAUGAAGACGGUGUGCAACGCAGGUCGUGCUCGGAGUGACGGAUGACUUCCGGACUACAGAUGUGGGCGUGGUUUUGAAGUCCUCGGGAGUUUCGUAAAUAUUUGGGGAGAACUUCGCUCCCCAUUCCAGCGGUCCGGGCUCGACUCCCAACAUGGCAUCGUCUUCCUUGAAACAGUUCCUGGUGCUUUAUUUAAUGCCCGAAAAGUGUUACGAGAAACUGCUGGUGAACUUUGACUUUCACGCGCCAUGUCUCGUCUUCGUCCUGAGGAAGAUCUUCUCCUUCUGGAUCAUGUUGGACGCACUUUUCGCCCAGCUCUCUCAGCUGCUGAAGGUCCUGUGGACAGGAAGCGCCGAGGGUCUGAGUUUGACCGCGGCGCUGCUGCAGCUUUACGCCUUCUCAUGUCCGGUGGUUUACGGCGUGGCCAGCAACUUCCCCGUCAUUGCGUGGGGCGAGCGGCUGUUCGUGGUGUGUCAGACGGCGUUGAUGGUCUUCCUCAUCCUCCACUUCCGCGGCCGCUCCCUCUCAGGGUUGCUCCUCCUGUCGGUCUUCAGCGGGUCCAUGUUCCUCCUGGGCUCCUUCGCCACCACAGAGGUCCUCUCAGCGCUACAGGCGUCCACCUCAGCCGCCAUCGUCCUCAGCAAGGCGGCGCAGGUGGCAGCCAACCACACCAUCGGCCACACGGCUCACCUGUCCACCACGUCGGUGCUGCUCACCUGGAUGGCGUCUCUGGGUGAGGCCUUCAUCUCCAUGCAGGACAGCGGCGUCUCACUGACCACGCUGACCUUCACCGUGUCCGCCUGCCUCAGCUGUGUCCUGCUGGCCCAGGUGCUCAGCUCCAGCCCCAAACUGAAGGGCGACUAGAUGGCGGCACACAUGGCGGGAAAACGCCAAAUGUUUACACACACUACGUUUCUGACAGGUCAUGUUUAUAUGUUACACGCACAACUAUGGACCAAUCAGGGAUUAAAGGCUUCUUCUCCCGUGACUUGAGGUUCCACAGUGGAGAAACGGCGCCUUUACAAGUCAAAGAGCGCCACCUAGUGGGCUUAAAGGCAUGCAUGCCAAACAGACCAUUACUACGACACACAGUACACUCAUAUUCAGCGAGAGACGUAAACACACCUCACACACACUAGCGAAGAUCACAUAGCCUUUUAUUGAACAUAUCUGCAUAUCAAGUCAUCAAAAAAGCAUUUUUGUCUCAUCAGACCAAACAAUAGUUAAAUUCAUGGGGGACGUUUUAGGGGAGAAACAUGGCUCAGAAGCAGAAGAAAACCGCAAUAUUCUCUGCUCAAUUUAAAAGAAACUUAGUUAAAAUUGAUGAAUUAUAUUUUACUCAUCUUUUUAAAUAGAUGUUUUCGUCACACAAACUACUUCAUCAUGUUUACAAAAUCAUGUUUGUGUCACAAAUCUCAGUGUUUGUACAACUAUUGGCACAUUUUUACCAUCAUGUUUCAUCAACUUGGUGUGUACGAAACACAAUAGUACACUUCAAACAAUACCAUUUAUUUGUAAUACGCUUUCAGAUUCUGCAUGUAAUUAUGCAAAUGCAACUUCAUCGCGCCCAUGAAAGUAAAGGGGAAUAAACGAUAUAAAUAUACUGUUUUUGGCAAAAGUUUUGUAACACGCAUCUUAUAUUGCUGUUUGUCAAUGCAUCAAUAAUGUUAAAGCAAUUCUGAACUUUAGAAAUGAAAAUAGAUUCGAUAUUCUUCUGGUACAGGAGUGACUGAAUUAAGGCAGUGCAGAGGUAGCGACCGCUCUGACUUCGAGGUAGUUUUUCUGUACUCACUGUACAGUAUUCAGCACUGAAGACUUCAAAUCAUACAGACCUUGAAAUCGUGACCUUUGUUUCAUGUCGUGGUCGCUUCAUUUUGUUCUUGAACCUUCUGCUGCCCCUUGCUGGUCACAACAAAGGACAACAUUUAAAUCACAUCUAAACAAACCACCCGAUUCAAACCGAACCCUUCUGGCUCAUGGUUCAUCAAAGGAGUGUAGAAACUACACAGCAAAUGUGUGCGACGUGAAGAUAAUAUCGAUAAACACAAACGGUCUUCUCACUAGAGAAACAACCUUCAAGAGGCCCGACCUGUUGAUGCUACUGCAAGUACUUCUAAGUACCAUCUACUGUGUAACAGUACUGUUGAAUAAAACAAUCUUCACCAAUUAGCCAUAACAUUACGGCCAGUAAUUCCACAAUGAUGAUUGUAUUCCUCCAUUCAGUUGUCAUGGAAACGAUCUGCUACAUAGUUCAAUGAAGUUUUAGUUUGGUCCUGGAGUUGUUGAGGUUUAGAUCUGUGGUACUGACCACUGCAGAGGCCAAACAGGGGCCAUAUUGUUACGGCUAACGUUGCAGCGAUGGACAUUCAUGAAAGAGGUACAAACGGGAGCAGAGCUGCUUCAGUCCUGGUUCUGUGACCUUGCUCUGGAGGACCAACGCUGCUCCUUCAGCUCCGUCUCCUCCUCACUUUAACCUGGCGUAGACUUUACGCAGCUCGUCCCAGAAGAACAGACACAGGAUGGUGUGCGGUCCGACCCGGAAGUACGACGCCCCCAGCCCUUUGUAGACGCCCAGGAAACCUUCCUUCUUCAGAGUCUUGGAGAAGCAGUCGGUGAAUCCCUUGUAGAGGAGACCCUGAAGCAGAAGGAGAACCGAUCGCAACAACUGAUGAA